AUAUAAAAUGUUUUCAUUGAAAACAGAGCCAAAACUAUCAGAUAGAGCAGGUGGUAGUAGCAGUAGUGAAACUGAUAUCUCAAGGAAACUCAGAUCCCAAACGCCAACCAUACAAAGAGUCAGGAAUGAGUAUCUGAGUUCGCUUAUCCAUGGAGACUUCAGCUCCCAUCGCUCUCUUCAUCCUCCUCCUUCUAUCCAUCGAAACAGCAGCGGCCAGGUCUGGCUUGUACUACACAAGAACCAGAGGAACGUGCACUCCCCGGUACUGGAGCAACAGGGUAGAGGAAUGGCCGAGGAUGGUUCCACAAACGUCGACAGUGAGGAAAGUGUUCGGCUCGGGAGUGAGCGACCGGUACAGGUUGGAUCUAACAUUGUUAGAAUCGACGGCGAGGAACGAGGAGGACAACGCGUUUGGUAGGUUGGUGAAGCAGGCAAGUGCGGCGCUGCUGAACUCGUAUGCUAGACAGGGAUUUCCAUACUCUCCAUGGCAAGUGAAAACAAUGGUAAUAGAAUCUCUGGUGUCCGAGGAGGCUGCAGCUAACCUAGCCCAACGAUUGUUUAUUGUUAAUCGGGAUUGCAAUUGAUAACUAAUCGUUUGCUAUAUCUGAAUCUCCUGUAGAAAUCUC